CUACGCAGGGGAAAACACGGCAGAGAAACAAACUACACUCUGCCAAAACACUAAUUUAUAUAUUCUGAUGAGAAAAAUCUGACUGAUUCUUUUUUUACCGCCGCAAUCGAACACUCAGUUCGAUUCAAAUGGCAAUUUGUGUAACCCGAAUCCCUAAAACGGCUCGGCGGUUUAUUCUUCUCUUCAAGAACCAGAGUUCAAUCACCUCAACAAUCUGUAUGAACACAAAUUACAGCAUUUGUUUGGUACAAAGGAAGCACAUUUGCAGCAAUGCUUUGAUAAGCCCAGUUGAAGCAUCCCUUAUCUCCGCCUUUAACAAAAGACCCUUUUGUUUAGAAUCCCCUGAGCUUCAAGAAUUGAGCUCAAAGCUUACCCCUGAAGUAGUUGAAACCGUCUUGAAAUCUUUCAGGGAUUGGAGAUUAGCUCAUGUUUUCUUCAACUGGGCUUCGAAUCAAGAAGGAUACUCGCACAGCUGUUAUGCAUACAAUGCUAUGGCUGGGAUCCUCUCAAGUGCUCGACAAAAUGCCGCACUGAGGGAUCUUGCUGUGAAUUUAUUGAAUUCCUCGAGUUUUUGGACGCCGGGGGCUUUCGGGUAUUUUCUGAGGUGUCUAGGUAGUCAGGGUCUAGUUGAAGAAGCUAAUUCUUUGUUUGAUCAAGUGCAAGUUUCUGGAGUUUGCGUUUUGAAUAGCUACAGCUAUAACUGUUUGUUGGAGGUUAUUGCGAAGGUCGGUGAUGUUGGUUUGUUGGAGUAUAGGUUGAAUGAGAUGAGAAAUUUGGGUUGGCCUAUUGAUAAGCAUGCCUUGACUCCAGUAUUGCAGUGCUACUGCAAUGCUGGAAAGUUCGAUAAGGCUCUUAUGGUUUUUAAUGAUCUGAAUGAUAAGGGAUGGGUUGAUCAGCAUAUCUUGGCUAUUUUAGUUCUGUCUUAUAGCAAGUACAACGAGGUAGAUACGGCUUUUGAGUUGAUUGAGUGGGCUGAGAGUAAUCUCAAGGUUAGCUUGAACGAGAAGACGUUAUGUGUUUUGAUUCAUGGGUUCGUGAGGGAGUUCAGAGUGGAUAAAGCUCUAGAACUAUAUUAUAAAAUGAGAAAACUUGGAUAUCUGCCGGAUAUUUCUGUUUAUGAUGUGCUAAUUAGAGGAUUGUGCAAGAUUAAGGAGAUAGAAAAGGCUCUCGUGUUGUACAUGCACAUGCGGGAAUCCGGAAUUUCUCCAGAUGUGCGAAUAAUAUGCCAGCUUUUAUUAUGUGUCCCGGAAGAGAGAGUCAUGAUCCAAUUGCUUGAAGAUACUUGGAUGAAUUUGGAUGUCGAGAAAAGAAUGCUGCUGUAUAAUUCUGUAUUGACAGGUCUUGUUAAUGGUGGUUAUGUCGAAAAGGCUUAUCAAUUGCUGAAGGCAAGUACCCUAUCUAGAAUAAAUGGAAAUUGCCAGGCUGAUACAAUAUCUCUGAUAAAUGAAAUGCCUAAUACAACUUGUUUUCAAACUGUAAUUGACGGCUUAUGCAGUGCUGGUAAGUUAGAUAUGGCUCUAGAACUCUUCCAGGACAUGGGUCGAUAUGGUUGCAAAAGGAGUGUUUUACUUUUCAAUAAUUUAAUCCAUUUCUUAAGCAAUGCUGAUAGGUUGGAUGAAUGCUUCGUUCUCCUGAAUGAGAUGAAGGAGACAGAAUUCCGUCCAACACAUUUCACCUUCAAUUGCAUACUUGGGUGCUUAUGCAGACAAGAGAAUAUCACAAGAUCUCUUGAUUUGAUAAGGGAGAUGCGUGUUUCUGGGCAUGUGCCCUGGAUAAAAAAUUACACACUGCUUGUCAAGAAACUAUGUGAACAUGGAAAGGCAGUUGAAGCCUAUGAUUUCCUUGCUGACAUGACAAAAGAAGGUUUCCUCCCUGAUAUGAUUGCAUACUCGGCGACUAUUGAUGGUUUCCUGAAUAUAAAUGAAGUGGAUCGAGGUUUAAAGCUAUUCAAAGAAAUUUGUGGACGAGGUUUUUGUCCAGACGUAGUUGCUUACAACACUAUUAUCAAGGGGCUUUGUAAGGCCAAAAGGACAACAGAAGCUGAGGAUAUUCUGACUGAAAUCCGUGCUAAGGGACUCGUUCCAUCAGUAAUCACCUACAACUUGCUAAUUGAUGGUUGGUGCAAAGAUGGCAAUACUGAUCAGGCUGUACUAUAUUUUUCGAGGAUGAUAGAGGAAGAACACAAACCCAAUGUUGUAACCUACACAACUUUAGUAGAUGGGUUGUGCAAUGUUGGAAAACCAGACGAAGCUCUUAAAUUUUGGGCUGAAAUGGAGCACAAGGGAUGUGAUCCGAAUAGAAUUGCUUAUAUGGCUCUUAUUCGUGGGCUUUGCAAGUGCCAGAAGCCAGAAGUUGCGCUGAUCUAUUUGCAGAAGAUGGAAGAGAAGAAGAUGUUACCUGAUACUUACGUUUAUAAAGCUUUAAUAGAUGCUUUUGCAUCUAAUUCAAACACAGCUAUGGUGGAUGAAUUACUAGAAAAGAUGGCCAGGCGUGUAACUGCUUUGUGAACAGGCAAUUCUGGGGAUCCAAAUUCAAAACAAUUGUUUGUUGAUCUACCUUAAGAGAUUAAGUGAUGCGGACAUAUUUCACCUGAAGGAUCUAAAAUCAGCAACGCCGCUUCCCAAUUUGAGGCUUGAUGCUCCGUGGAUGCUUAAUCUUUGCCUUUCUCAGUACAAAACAAUUAUGCCGCUGCACUCACCCGAAACGAAGCCAUGAAAUAUUCAGGUUGUUCCCCAGAUCAACAAGAAAACGAUGGUUGGAAAAGUUUAUUUUCGCAUGGUGAAACCAGGUGAAAUGAUGUUGCACACGAGACUUUAGAGAUGAUUCAGAAGCAUAUCUAUCAGCCAAUGACAUGAAUACAGGUGGCGGCAUGUCGAGAAUGGAGCUAACUCCAUGGGAUUUGCAAUUCCUCCUACUCGACCCGAUUCAGAAAGAGAUCUUAUUUCACAAGCCUGCACAAUCUCAUGAUCAACAACUCCUCCAAAGAACCACCAUUAUUGACC